UAAUAUUGGUUACUCAGCAAUCCGAAAUAAAGUUCUUGCUCUGACUCGACCCGAAAAACGGACAAUGACAGUAAUAGACUGCCCAGAACGGGAAGACAAUACCGGACGUGACGAUUCAAAGUGGGUUGCCGAAAUGUUGUGUGAGCUCCAGUCCGUGAUAAAUCCUGGACGAAUUGGGCUCUUCGGUGGUCGUCAGAGUGUAUGGAUCCGCAUUCUACCACUUGUACCCGAGAAAGCAUGUUGGUACUUCGUUGGCUGUACCGCCAAGCCAUUGAGUCCUAAGACCCUCUGGAAAACUUUUGAAUUCAUUCAUGACAUACAGACACAAAAAGUUAAAUGUCAUGAUUUGAAAAAGACACCACUCCGGAGGGGAAAGGCUGCCAGUCAACGUUCUGAGAACACUGAGGUUGGGAAAACCUCCCAUCAGGAGACUCAGAGAGACGUUGCUGGCCAAGAAUUGGAUGGCACAGCCAAGGAUCAAGAAACUCUAGGACUACGAAAAGCACUGGAGCUCACGCAAACGCUGGACGAACUCAUACGAGCAAACAUACAACAACAGCAUCAAAUACGACAGCAAGGAGUACGGAUACGACAGCUAGAACAAAAAGUACAACAAAUAGAACGACGACAACGACAAUCACCAAGACAACGACGACAACCAUCAUCACAACACCAUUCACCCCAACACCAAUCACCUCAAAACCAUUUACAACAACACCAUUCACCACAACAGGAAUCACGACGACGACGACGACGACGACGACGACGACGACGAAGACAAACACAAUCAUCAUCAUCACACCAAUCACAAUCAUCAUCACCACGACAGACGCCACGACAAGGACGAGGACGAGAAUCUGACGUUCGAGCGGGCGCUCUUGGUACACGACAUCCAAGAGCGUCCAUGGCUUUGGACGUCAGUAAACCGUGCCUAUCUAGUCGACAGGGAAGACCUGUUCCAGCAAGUACGCUGGAAAGAGCGACUAAAGAGGGACGG